UUGCAAGGACUGCCUGUAUAACAUACUUAUGACAAGGAGACACCAUACUGCACAGGCAAUAUACUUUGUGUCUGUUCUUUUGGCAAGAGGACAAACCAUCUGCAAACUUUUGGCAACUGGAAGAUGCUAUGAUCCCCACCCUCACAGUUCUGCUUUGUCUUGGUGAGAAAUGAAGUUGUGGAGAGAGAAUUCUGUUCUAAGAAGUGGUCUACCUCCUAGUUGAGCAGUAAACCAUCAAGGGUGUCUCAGUAGCUCAGAAGGGAUCUGGAAGUGGAGGUCCUGCUCAGGCUUCAAGUACAUACACUCACAGGUAACUCUCUUGCAGGACUGAGUGUGGGACCCAGGAACCCAGUGCUGGCAGGUGAGUGUCUUCCCAGCUUUUCUAAAGUGUACAUUCUCAGUGGGGAUCAAAGGUCACCUCUGAAGAAAAGAGAUGGAGAAGAGCUGGUGUGGGCUGAUGCUGGUGUUGCCUGCAAGGUCCUGAGACUGGUAGCUUGGAUUUAAGCAGAAUGUCUUCUGACAAAACUUUCAUUUGUUGUUGUUGUUGUUGUUGUUGUUGUUGUUGUCUGUUUUUGUUUUGUUUUGUUUUCAGGGGGCCUCUCUAAACUCACACUCAGAGCUGUGCCAAGUAAUGUGGUAACCACAGGGGAGCAGGUAACUCUAAUUUGUGAAGGCCCCUUAGAUGCCCAGGAAUACCAUUUCUAUAAAGAAGGAAACCCAGAUUUCCAGAUACCAACAGCUCAUGAAGACACUGAAAAAAAGAACAAGAUCUUUAUCUCAUCCAUUAGAAGUCAUGAUGCAGGCCAAUAUCGGUGUUAUUAUAAAAGCCCUGCUGGUACAUCAGAACACAGUGAUACCCUGGAGCUCGUGGUGACAGGAGUCUACUUCAGCAAAGUCACCCUUUCAUCCCUGCCCAGCCCUGUGGUGACCUCAGGAAGUGUUGUGACUCUUCAGUGCUCCUCACAAGAGGAAUAUAACAGUUUCAUUCUAGUGAAGGAAGAUCAGAAAUUUUCCAUGCGCAUGGCCUCACAGAACACAUACACUGGUAUAUUCCAGGCCCUGUUCACAGUGGGUCCUGUGACUCCACAACAGAGAUGGAGAUUCACAUGCUAUGGCUAUUACCUGAACAGCUUACAGCUGUGGUCAAUACCCAGUAACAGCCUAGAACUCCUGGUCUCAGGGACCCUCCACAAACCCACCAUCUGGGCUGAGCCUAGCACUCUGAUCACCUUAGAGAGUCCUGUCACCAUCUGGUGUGAGGGGACCAGAGAAACCCAAAUAUAUGUGCUACAUAAAGAGGGAAGUCCAGAACCCUUGGACAGACAGACCCAAAAGGAUCUCAACAAUAAGGCAAAAUUCACUAUCCCUUCUGUGACAAAAAUGCAUGCAGGGAAAUAUCACUGUUACUGUUAUAACUCUGCUGGGUGGUCACAAAACAGUAACACCUUGGAGCUGGUGGUGACAGGAGCCUAUCCCAGUAAAGUCUCCUUGUCAGCCCAAAAUAGCCCUGUGGUGACCUCAGGAGGCUAUGUGACCCUUAAGUGUUUCUCACAGAAUGAAUAUAACAGGUUCAUUCUAAUUAUGGAAGAUGAGAAAUUCUCCAGGCCCAUGGACUCACAGUAUACAUACUACAGGCACUUCUGGGCGCUGUUCACUGUGGGUCCUGUGAAUCCCCAAAAGAGAUGGAUUUUCACAUGCUAUGGCUAUUCCUGGAACAGCCCCCAGCUGUGGUCAGUACCCAGUAACCAUCUAGAGCUCCUAAUCUCAGGGACCCUCCACAAACCCACUGUCUGGGCUGAGCCAGGCACUCUGAUCACCUUAGGGAGUCCUGUCACCAUCUGGUGUGAGGGGACCAGAGAAACCCAAAUGUAUGUGCUACAUAAAGAGGGAAACCUAGAACCCGGGGACAGACAGACUCAAAAAGAUCUCAACAAUAUGGCAAAAUUCACCAUCCCAUCUGUGACAACACUGCAUGCAGGGAAAUAUCACUGUUAUUCCUACAACUCUGCUGGGUGGUCAGAGCGCAGUGAUACCCUGGAGCUGGUGGUGACAGGAGUCUCCAUCAAACCCAGACUGACAGCCCUGAACAGCCCUGUUGUAACCAUAGGACGGUCUGUGACCCUCUCAUGUACCUCAAAUCAGAGAUACAAUGGGUUCAGUUUAAUUAAGAACAAUCAGAAGUUUUCCAGCUCCAUGGGCUCACAGAAUGUACGUACUGGGCUGUCUUCUGCCAGGUUCCAAGUGCAUCUCAUGACCUCCAGCCAAAGAUGGUGGCUCAGAUGCUAUGGCUAUCACACAAGCAACCCUCAAGUGUGGUCAGAAGGGAGUGACACCCUGGAGCUUCUAGUCUCAGGGUCAUCCAGGAAGCCCUCCCUGAUAUCCCCCCAAGGACCUCUCCUGGCACCUGGAGAGAGACUGACCCUCCAGUGUUACUCAAACAUGAGUUACGACAGAUUUGCUCUUUCCAAGGAGGGUGGAAGUGAUGUCCCACAGAUGUCUGCCCAUUUUACCCAGGCUGGAGAGUCUCAUGCAAACUUCACCUUACACUCUGUGGAUUUCACCACUGGUGGCCGGUAUAGAUGCCAUGGUUCACACAACAUCUCUUCUGAGUGGUCAGCCCCCAGUGACCCUCUGGACAUCCUGAUCACAGGAAAACUCUUUGUCACACCCAACCUCUCAGUGCAUCCAGGCACCACCGUGUCCUCAGGAGAGAAUGUGACCCUGUUGUGUAAAUCAUCAAUCCCAGUGAACAGUUUCCUUCUGUUCAAGGAGGGUGAAUUGCAUUCCCACAUGCGUCAAAUAUCAAAGCUCCAAGAUUCACAAUAUCAGGCAGAGUUCUCCAUGAGUGCUGUGACCCCAUCCCUUGGGGGUACCUAUAUGUGCUUUGGUUAUCAAAGCUCAUCUCCAUACCUGUUGUCACACCCCAGUACACCUGUGGAGAUCAUAGUCUCAGGACUAGCAAGAUACCAGAAAAUUUUGAUUGGAGUUUCUGUGGGAUUCCUCCUGCUGCUCUUCCUUCUUACCCUAUUCCUUCUGCUCAGACUCAGGCACCAGAAAAAACACAGCAAGGGAGUCCAGACAGCAACCAACUUGCAACAUUCUGCAGGAGCUGGAGAGCCAGUGACCAGGGACAGAGGCAUCCGGAAGAGUAUACACUCCCUGUGCUUUGUUUUCUUUUUUUGGGAGAACCAACAUGAGGAAAAUCACCCCAAAGAUUUGUAUGCCCAAGUGAAACCCUCCAGACUCAGAAGGGCAGAGCCCACAUCUCCUUCCCUCAUGCCAAAGGAACCGCUGAACUCAAACGACAGGCAGGCAAAAGAAGAUCAAGUGAGAGACCAUCAGGUUGCUGCAUCCAAGGAGCCCCGUGAUGUGACCUAUGCCCAGCUGCACAUCAUGACUCCAAGACAGAGGCAGCUGAACCUCGCAUCUCUCAGGCCGAAAAGUCCCACUUGAGACACUGCUCUGGUGUUUACCUGUCCAGAUCCAGGGAGAUCCAGACUCUAUAUUCUGUGGGGGAAGUAGGACUCAGGGAGAUCAGAAAAUAGAAUCUGCCACAGGUGGACAGCCAUUUUGCAGAUAUAUCAUGCAGAGUCUGGUAACUUUGGGGACUCAACCGAUUAUGUAGUAAGAGAUAAGUUAUAUCCCUGCAUUUUAUAAAUAAAGCAAAUACUUUGUCAGUAUUCAAUGGAUAAAAAGGAAGAAAGCAGGAGUAAAGGAAGUUUCUGGUUUUGUUUUUGUGCUUUUCUUUGUUUUUUGCUUUUCUUUCAA